UUGCGGCGUCGUUUGAAAGAAACUGUAAACUAGUACUAAUACCAGCGCAAAAACAAGAAAUAGGCAAAAAACAAUCAACAAACAAUUAAAAGUGGUUAAAAUUUGACUAAUCACUUAAGUGAAGGGUGACCAGUGAACUCUUCUGUUAACCGAGGUUGCCCAGAAGCACGCGCGACCGUCAAUCCCGAUUUCCCUUGGCUGUGAUCCCUGAUCUUCCCGAGUUUCCCACGUUCCGGAACCAUGACCCUGCCCCACUUGGAGACUCCUAUCCGGCGGUCCGCGGUGGGCAGUUACCACGAGGGGGUGUCCCGCAUGCUGACCCCGCUGAACGACGAUGAGGCAGAAAGGCGGGAAGCCCGGCGCCGCACUCUUCUCCAGCAGCAACAGCGCAAGAGCACCUUGGAGUCCAUCGAGGACAACGAGGCUAUCAGGAACUGCCUGGAGAUCUACAACGGCAACAAGCUCAGCAAGGACAAUGCCUGGAGUCUUACGCUCAUCGAUUCGCUGGCCCAUCUGAUGGAUCACCAUCACAAGCGGAUGAGCAACUUCAAGAUUGCGGGAUCCUCACUGGAGGCCUCUUCCAAGGUUUAUGGUCUGCGGGUGGACUCCAUCUACAUGGAUGCCAUGCGCAUUUCUGCCGGUCUAAGUUCACGCACCCUUACGGAUAAGCAACUCAACGCUGCCGAGGAUGAUGAUGGACCCCAGGCCGAUCAGGCGGUUGGUGAGGGGCAAGAUCCAGGAGAGCAAACUCAAGAAAAACCAGCUGCCAAGCCCAAAAGACAGAAGAAGCCCAUGUCCACGGUGACCAAAAAUAAGGACACGAUCAAUAGUCGCCUGGAUACAGCUCCCUUACAGGAUCCCGUCUUUGGAAAACUCAACUCCACAGUAGGCUCUAUUAAUGCGUCUAAUAGGCUGAUGCACAACAUCCUACCCAGCUUGGAUUCUGAGCUGCGCCUGCGCACAACCUACAGGUUCUGGAACAGCGAAGAGUCCACCGAGGAGGUUCAGGACCACACUACCCUUAACGCAGACAUGGAACAGUGGCCGGCUGAAUCGUUGAUGACCACCAACUUCAUACGGAAACUGCUUCCCCAUGCUGAAAGAUCAAAUUUGCGGCCUCUGCACACCGGGUACAUCAUCUCAAGUGCUCCCAAUCCCAAGGCUUCCAACGACAAACCUGCAGAGCCCAUGCAGGAAGAAGAUCACCAUGAUGAGGGGCUGGAUAAUGCCGACGAUAUGUGUGUAAACGAGAUUUCCAUGGCCUUCGACAUCAACGCCGAGUGUGAGCCCAUGCCCGACAUGGAUGGACCUCCUCUAGUUCUGGAAGUGGACUCCAAUGAGCUGGACGAGCUCACCACCGAGGAGCAAAUGGUGCUCAAAAAUUGUCGUCGGCUUCGCAAACAGACGGAGUUUUUGGAAGAUUUGCGACCCGUAGACGGAAAGUCGAAGCUGGAGUACUCAUACAGGCCAAUGGAACAGAUCUCCCAGUUCUGGGCUGGACCCUCACAUUGGAAGUUCAAGCGUACUCGGCCGCGCACCACAUUUUCUCAGACCAACGGUCCGGCGGACACCCAGCCCAUUCGCAGUCAAAGGCCCAAGAAGUCGCAUUUGGCGGCCAAUCGCAGAGCGAAGGCUGUAGAUUACGGCAAUGUGACUGAGAACUUCUUCCAACAGCUGGAUACUUCUAUAAGGCAACGCCGGGUGAAUUUCCAAAAGAAAUGGGACCCCCGAAAAUUGAUAUUGCCGACAAAGUUUAACUUGGACCCGGAUUUCUUCUUUAAAUACGAUUCUGCACCUAGCAUAAAGUUGUCGAAAGGCGUGGGGGAGCCUGAAUCGGAUGAGGGUGGAGAUCUCGGCAUGGAUGCUGACAUCCAUCACGAUGAUGAUAACGACCAGGAUCUAUUCAACAACGAGCAUUUUACCGAUGCUGUCCCCGCCAACGUUAGCGUCAUUGCGGCCAUUGCCGCCGAGCAAGCGUCCGAGGGUAGAAUGGAUGUGGAUGCGGGCGAGGUGGGUCUCACCCAGAUGAAUGCCACAUGCAAUAACACAGUCUUCGAGAUUGGCACAGAGUUCGAGGGUGCUCCGUCGCAGGUUACGAAGGUGAUCGUUCCAUUCGCUAAGCGAGCAAAGGUGAUAGACAUGAAAAAUCUGAAAAAGUCGUGCAAUUCCCUGAUUCAGAAACAACUUCUGAACGCUGUCCCUGAGGAGACGAUACCCUCGCACCCAACGAAAAAGAGUGAACAUUAUUCAAAGGGUGUCGCAAGUUUCCAGGAGGUGUACCAAAAGCUGCCCAACCUUCUGACCACCAAAAUGGCAGAUUCUUUGUCGCCUUCGGUGGCGUUCUACGCGGUUCUGCAUUUGGCCAACGAUUUGAAAUUGCGCCUUAUUCCACAAAAAGAUUUAGAGGACUUCCAAAUCCGUCAAGUCUUGGAUUAAGUUUUUAAAUUCUUAAAUUAAAUUAAUUGUAGUUGGCCUUAUCGCUGUUCAAUUUUCUUUUGUUCAAUGUAUCCCUAAAUCUCUUAACUUAAAUCUCACCCAGUAACUCGUAUCAGUAUUCCCAAAGAAUUUCCCCCACCCCAGUCGAAUUGGAAUCUAAUUAUAGUCGAAGCAGGAUUCACAUUAAAAAUUAUUUAAUAAAAAAUAAGCUACAUACACGA